AUGGCUUCGCAAGCCUAUCUCACGGACGAGGAAAUUAAGAAAUUCAUUGACGAUCUCGACCACGACAAGGAUGGCAACAUUAGCUACUGGGAACUGGAACGGAAGCUGGACCAGGUCCACAAGGAGAUAGCCCCGAAAGCCCAACCGCAUAACCUUCACCACAAAUCUCGCGGCGAUGAAGCUCGACACGAGUUCCUCAGACACGUCAUCGGGACGCGCGAGGACCACAUCGAACGCGACGACUUCGCAAGGACGGUGAAAACAUGGGAAAUUCCAUCGCUUGAGGCCGAUCGGAAAGAAGCAAAAGAUGAAGACGACUACCUGAAGCACAUCUCGCUAUACCGGCGAGCUCGAGCCUACUGGGCUGUCAAAGGACCCGAGAUCAUUUUCCUAGCACUUGUCCUCCUGCUGAUGAUCGGCUUCGGAGUCUGGCAAUUCGUCAAAUAUCUCACUUUCGACCAGUACACGCCUGCAUUCGGAUGGGGAGUUGUACUUUCAAAGACGUGCGCGGGCGUGCUAUAUCCGACCUUUUUCUUCCUCAUUCUCUCCAUGUCCAGGUGGCUGUCGACAUUCCUCCGCCGCUUCUAUUUCAUCUCGAGAUUCAUCAAUUGGGAUCUGUCCCAGUCAUUCCAUAUCAAAAUAUCUAUCGUCGCGCUGGUCUUUGCGACUUUGCACGCAAUCGGCCAUCUUAGCGGUUCCUUCGUCUUUGGUAGUAUGGCGAUUCGACAAGACGCCGUUGCCAAUGUCCUCGGGCCAGAUGCCGUACCGCGCUCAUACACCAGCUUUCUUCGCUCUCUGCCAGGGUGGACCGGUCUUACGUCUCUUGGACUGUUCUAUCUCUUGGCGAUAAUGAGUAUGCCGCAGAUCCGGAAGUGGAGUUAUGAGGUCUUUCAACUCGGCCAUUUGCUCAUGUUUCCCAUUAUUGGGUUCAUGAUGGCGCAUGGUACUGCAGCCCUUUUGCAAUGGCCAAUGUUUGGAUACUGGCUUGCCUUCCCUACACUAAUGGUUCUCUUUGAACGCGUUUGGCGCUUGGUUCUAAGCUUCCGCCCGAUCAAUGCUGACAUCGAGCUACUGGACGAUGAGACUGUCGCUAUUACGGCAAAAGUUCCCAAGACUCGCCCUUGGGACUAUAAGGCUGGGCAGUACGUGUUUGUGCAGGUUCCGCAGCUGUCCCGAUUCCAGUGGCAUCCGUUCACAGUAUCGACAUGCAUCAAGAACACUAUGCAGGUUCACAUCAAGGCCGAUGGCGACUGGACAAAUCAACUCCGUGAUCUGGCUAAGGAGGGGGGUAAGCGAAGCAUCAAGAUCGGAUUAGAUGGUCCAUUUGGUGCACCUGCGCAACGAUUCUACGACUUCGAGUACAGCAUGGUUUUCGGUGCUGGUAUCGGCGUGACACCCUUUUCCGGAGUACUAACAGAUCUCCAACAACACGAACUCGAACGAGUCAAGUCUAUGGAGAACUCAGCUGAACUCUCCGACGACACUCGUCAACAAUCAUCGCCUUACACCAACCACCGCCGAGUCGAUUUCCACUGGAUGGUCCGCGAUAAGAACAAUCUGCUAUGGUUCUCUGAUCUCCUGAACGAAGUCUUCCGGACGGGACCCAAAGCCCCAGAUCUCGACAUCCGCAUCAACACGUACGUGACGCAGAAGCGCAAGCAAAUCUCUCAACAUGUAUUCAGGUGGUUAUUGGAGAAACAUCGUACGCCAGAGUUCCCCCAGUCGCCCAUCACGGGUCUUGUCAAUCCCACUCAUUUUGGACGGCCGGACAUCCGCGGCAUCAUGGAGCGACAUUAUGAUGAUAUGAGCAAGGUGCUAGCGGAGGGACUGGAUGAUAAGAACCAAGGCAGUAAUGAUGAAGUCAAGGUCGGCGUUUUUUUCUGUGGUCCGCCUGUCAUUGGCCAGCAGAUUGCGGAUCAGUGCAGCAUGUUGAGUGCGAGAGCACGGAAUGAGGGUAGGAAGAUUGAGUAUCGGUUCAUGAUUGAGGUCUUUGGUUAG